UCCGCGGCGUCCGGCGUCGCCGCCAUCUUUGUUGAUGUGUCAGCUCCGCUGGGGUUUGGGGAAACCUGCGGCCGGUGAAGAAUAACAUUCUUGGCCUUCCUCAGCGCGCCUCCUUCCCCGUUCCGGCCUGGACUGUCCCCCCCCUCUCUCGGUUUUCCAGACCUCGCUAUGGAGAGGCUGACAACUUAGCCGAUUGCCUCACUGCCCGAUUUAUAACAAGGAAAAUCAGAAGAUCAUAAGAAAUGCAGAGUGAAUUGGUGCCAGUUAGCUUGUCAGAGGCAGAGAAUAUACCUUCUAUUUCAUCUGCAACAAAAGGCUCCACAAGCUGUUUACCUGGAGAUGAAGAGAGCAGCUUAGACAAAGAUUCUAAACUGCUUCCAUCAAAAAAAGAGAUGACUUCACUUAUGCUUCCUGAAGGUGAUCAAAUUGAAACAAAAAAGGAUUCCUCACUAGAUCAUAGUAGAGUUGGGAAUUCUUGCAACAAAGCAGACACAUAUGAGGAAAAAUCUCAGAGAAUAACUCAUUUUCCUGGUGGAGAUUUUGCAGAGCAAGUAUCAAAAACAAAUGGAACAGAACAAACACUAACAGAAAUAUUACAAGAAUUAGGGUCACCUAAGCUUACAGAAAUAUCCAAUGAAAAGACUUAUUCAGAAAGUCCAUAUGAUACAGACUGCACCAAGAAACUUAUUUCAAGAAUACAAAAUGUUUCAGCACAGGAAGAUUUGUUGGAAGAAAUAGAAUCGGAACUCUUAUCUGCAGAACUUUCAAAUGAACAUAGAGUACCCAAUGGAAUGAAAAAGGGUGAACGUGCUUUAGUUAUGUUUGAAAAAUGUGUACAAGAUAAAUAUCUGCAACAGGAGCAUACUAUAAAGAAGUUAAUUAAAGAAAACAAGAAGCAUCAGGAACUUAUUUUAGAAAUUUGUUCAGAAAAAGACAACCUAAGAGAAGAACUAAAAAAACGAACAGAAACAGAGAGACAACAUAUAAACAUAAUUAAACAGUUAGAAACAAGAAUAGAGGAACUCAAUAAAGACAUUAUUAUUUCCAAAGAAAAACUUGUAACGCAAGAUACUGCAGCCAAAAAUGCAAUUCAGCAAUUACAUAAAGAGAUGGCUUUUCGAAUGGAGCAGGCAAACAAGAAAUGUGAAGAGGCCCGCCAAGAAAAAGAAACAAUGGUGAUGAAGUACGUCAGAGGUGAAAAGGAAUCUUUAGAUCUUAGAAAAGAAAAGGAGGGACUUGAGAGAAAACUCAGAGAUGCAAAUAAAGAAAUUGAAAAACAUGUUAACAAAGUUAAACAGCUUUCUCAAGAAAAAGGAAGACUACACCAGCUCUAUGAAACAAAGGAAAGUGAUGCCACUAGAAUGGGCAGAGAAAUUGAGAAAUUAAAGGAAGAUAUCAACUCUCACGUCAUCAAAGUAAAGUGGGCACAAAACAAAUUAAAAACGGAAAUGGAUUCACACAAGGAAACCAAAGAUAAACUAAAAGAAACAACAAUAAAAUUAACUCAGGCCAAAGAAGAGGCAGAUCAAAUACGGAAAAAUUGUCAAGAAAUGAUCAAAGCAUAUCAAGAGUCAGAAGAAAUUAAAUCAAAUGAGCUAGAUGCAAAGCUCAAAGUCACAAAAGGAGAACUAGAAAAACAAAUGCAGGAAAAAUCUGAUCAGCUAGAGAUGCAUCAUGCCAAAAUAAAAGAACUAGAAGAUUUGAAGAGGACAUUUAAGGAGGGUAUGGAUGAGCUACGAACACUAAGAACAAAGGUAAUUGCAUUAGUUAAAUGAACGGUAAGAACAGAAGAUGAAUUAUCCAAAUAUAAAGAGAUUAUUAAUCGCCAAAAAGCUGAAAUUCAAAAUUUAUUGGAUAAAGUUAAAAAUUGUAGAGCAGUUACAGGACACAGCAUCAAAGGUAAACAAGAAAUUGAAAACGUAUCCGAAGAAGUAGGGAGUCUGAAUUCUUUGAUAAAUGACCUGCAAAAAGACAUUGAAGGCAGUAGAAAAAGAGAAUCUGAGCUGUUGUUAUUUACAGAAAAAUUAACUAGUAAGAAUGCCCAACUUCAAUCUGAAAUAAUUCUUUACAGUCACAAUUUUGAUAAACUCUCCUGUAGUGAAAGUCAGUUACAGAGCCAUUGUGAACACAUGAGACAGACUAAUACUGAUUUGGAAAGUAGGUUAUUAAAAGAAGAAGAACUUCGAAAGAAUGAAAGCCAAGCUUUGCAAGCUGAACUGACUUCUAGACAAAUAGAAUUAAAAGCAUUAAAUACUCAAGUAGAAGAACUGAAAGAGGAACUAGUUACCCAAAGACGUAAACAUGCUUCAAAUCUCAAGGAUCUCACCAAACAACUUCAGCAAGCACGAAGAAAAUUAGACCAAAUUGAGAAUGGUAGCUAUGAUAAAGAAGUCAGUAGUAUGGGAAGUCGCUCUAGUUCAUCAGGGUCCCUCAAUGCUCGAAGCAGUACAGAAGAUCGAUCACCAGAAAAUACUGGCUCCUCUGUGGCUGUGGAUAACUUUCCAGAAGUGGACAAGACUAUGCUGAUUGAGAGGAUAGUAAGGCUGCAGAAAGCUCAUGCCCGGAAAAAUGAGAAGAUUGAAUUUAUGGAGGAUCAUAUAAAGCAAUUGGUAGAAGAAAUUAGGAAAAAAACCAAAAUAAUUCAGAGUUAUAUCUUACGAGAAGAAGCAGGCACGCUGUCAUCAGAGGCAUCUGAUUUUAACAAGGUCCAUUUAAGUAGACGAGGAGGCAUCAUGGCAUCCUUGUAUACUUCCCAUCCUGCUGACAGUGGACUGACAUUAGAACUCUCCUUGGAGAUCAACCGAAAAUUACAGGCUGUUUUGGAGGAUACAUUACUUAAAAAUAUUACUUUGAAGGAAAAUCUACAAACACUAGGAACAGAAAUAGAACGUCUUAUUAAACACCAGCAUGAAGUAGAACAGAGGACGAAGCAAACAUAACAGAAAACUCUUGCAUAGUAAAGAGACAAAAGCUGCAGACAGAGAAGGUGCUACAGACCUCGGUGGCGUUUUGAAGUUUUUCUUAUGAUCUGUGUGUCAGUCAGUGAAAGUGUGUUUUACCUGUUCGAUACAAAUUUAAGUCAUAACUGAACUUUUGAUAUGACCCAUCCUUGCUAUUCUCUGACCAUUUGAAUGAAUUGCGUGUACUGUAAGUAGCGUAAACUUCAAGAUUUUGAUUGUUUGCACUGUGGAAAAAUAACAUCCUAUUAAUGAUGAAUUGAAAAAAAAAGAUUAUUUAAUUUGCUAAUAGUCAUAUCAGAUGCUGACGAAUACUACAAGGGCUUUCAAACACUAUUUUUCCAUCUCUCUUCCCAUUAACAUGCCUUAUAUAUGAAAGGUGAUUCAGCCUUUUAAAAAUAUGCAUGAAAAGACAGGCAUUAAAAACCAUUCAUUAAUAUGCACUUUCUUACUCUAAAAUAAGCUGAACACAAAUAACUAUAACACAUUAACUUUGAAAUUUUCAUUACGUUUAGCUAUGUAUAGUAGGAUAUGUAUUUGGUUCUGUGACUUGAUUUUAAAAUUAAUAUUUUAAGUGGAAUGGAAAAGUUAGCUAGUGAUAAUGUAUGUAAUAUCUCAAGAAAAAAGUUCAGACAUUGAUUCUUCUGUGUCUAGUUUGGUCCUUAAGCUUUUCCCACAAUUAGAUACCUUCUUUAUAGCACACAUGCAUGGUUCCUUGUAUUUAAAUGCUUCUCAUUUCCACACAUUUCUUCUGAUUGAUAGCUAAAUGGUUUCUUAGAAUUAAUUUCCAUAAAACUGAUUUCCCAUAGUGUAUCUUGAGAAAUUUUUUCAUUGACUUAAAUCCAAAUUUUAAAAUUGAAUGAGUCAUUAGAACAGUAGACUUUUUUAGAAGCUCUGAUAUACAUACAUAUGCAUCACUAAUAUAAGAAAAAAAUGUAAUAGUGUUUAGGUUCAAAUUCCAAGGGAAAAAAUAGCAUUGAUAUGUUUUGUCAAGACUGUUUUAUUUGAAUACUAUUCCUUUGCAUUGCUAAAUCCAGUUUGUAAUGUAGAUUAUAGCAUCACUUCUCAAAAAUUAUUAUAUUUUUAUUUAAAACUCACAAAUCACCUAUGUGUAACCAAAGGAUUUUUAGAGCCAAAUGCAUAUACCUAAUGAGAGAUUUUACUAUAUUUAUUUAAAAUGUGCACUUAAUUUUUAUGAGCAGUAUCAAUAGUAAUUCUUAUAUAAAUUCCAUUAGGGCAGGGACCAUUUUUUAUUUAUCUCUGUACUUUUCCCAGUGCCUAGCACAGUGCUCUGCACGUAAUAGGCGUUUAAUGUUCAGUGUUUGUUUAAUAUUUUCACUUGUCAAGAUGCUACUUAAAUUUGCCCUCAUCUCUUAGAAUUUUUAUGUGUGCAUUUGUGUACAUAUAUUUCAUUACAUUUAGAUCAUUGUUGUAAUACAAUACCUUGGCUAAUGUUCAGUGCUUGUAACUGUCAAAAUGAUUAGUUUUUAAUUUUAGUUUUUUAAAAAGGGAAAUGGAUCCCUAUAGGGUCUGGUUAUAUUUAUUGCCACUGGAAAUUUUUUUAUAUUAAGGAAAUUGAACUCUAAAAGUUGGGUCCAUUAUAGUCACAUCCCUCUAAUUUGUUUUAAAAUUCGAGUAUUAGUUUGAUAAUGUUGCAAAAAUAAAUGUGCUAAAUAGGGGUACUAUUUAAAUGUUAAAUCUCUAUGGUGUGGUUUAUAUUUUCUGUACAUUUAGUUCAUGUACUAAAUCAUACCCAACUCCCAUUCAUAAAUUCAUAAAAUUAAAUUCAAUGAAGAUUGUUUAUUUUACAUUAGCUGAGAAUUAGUAUUGGUAUACCAUAAUGUGUCUUAUUUUUCAUAUGUGUAAUUUAUCAAAGUAAAAAAUGAAUAACAUAUAGGGUAAGUGCAAUCAUAUAUUUUUUUUUCAUUCUUUUAGACCACUGACACUCCUAAUGACUACUUAAUGUAGCCAGAUUUUUACUCCUGUGCAACCAAACCAUGCUUGGCUUGUCAUAUAGAUAUAUUUAUGAGAAUACAGUUUUAGUUUUUCUCCAUAAGAAUCAAUAUUCAGGAGGCCAUAAAAUUAUAUGUCCAUUAUGUAUUAUGUAGAUAAGUUUUAAAUUUCUACAUUUAUCAGAGAUAGAAAUGAGUUAUUCCCGUAUUUAUGUCUGUAUAUGUCCCAUUUGGAGAAAUCUUUACUAGGAAGUUUGUUUUUGGAAGAAAGCCAUUAGAAAGUAUAUGUUGACCAUAUUCUUAUUUCUAAUAUAAGUGCAAGUAGAAAUCCUUUGAAGAAAAUAUUUUACUUUUUCUUUUUUAAAAUGAUAUACACUACAGCCUUAUAUAUAUCUGGGUUCAGGACUGAGCAAAACCAGGACAAACAAAACAUCCAGAUACUCCAGCUAGAUAUCUGGCUGUAUAGAACACAGUGGAUUUAUACCUUAUUCCCUGUGUAAACAAGUGCAGUAGGAUUUUUAUAGACUCCAGGAGGAAAAGACAGUCCAGAGAUCUGGAAAAAUAAUAUGUAUGCUUUUAAAAAAAAAUAAUAUUCAUUAAAGACCCAGUACAUUGGUAUCUUCAGCUAGGUGUCAGUAUUUUAGGUUCUUUGGGUAGUAGGGAAUAGUGUACAUAUGUACAAGUCAUCAUGUCUUUAAAAGUGAGCACAAAGUAUUAAAUUAUUAACAACAAUUUUCCCAUAGUAAUUCAGUUCUUAAUCAUUCAGCCAGUUAAGUUUUGAGAAUUUAAAAAUGGAAGAUUUUAGCAUCAGGGUAAAAGAAUGGGUUAGUUUUUGAAUGACUUCUAAUUAAGCAAUGUCUUUUUCAUGUGUCCUGUUUUCUGUACUGCACAAAUAUGAGGAAUAAGUUUCUAUUUCCUAAUUAGAUAAUCUUGUGCAGUUUGGGAUUUUUUUUGGUGUGUGUAUUUAUAUACAUAGGUUUGUUUAUAGGGACACAUAUGCACAAAUAUAAUUAUUUAAAUAUCUGGUGAUUUUUUUUUAAACCAUGGGUGUUUCAUUGACUAAUGAAUACAGUUCAUGCAAACAGCUUCAGGAUGUUCUAUUUUUAGAAGUUAUUUUAAGGGUAAUUGCUGUACAACUCAAUUUUGUCAAGCUGAUCAAGCCAAGGGAUUGAUAAAGAAUAACCAAAGAUACUAAUUUAGUCUUAUAUUUUCAGAAAUUCAGUUCUAAAGGACACUGUUAUAAAUAACAUGGCCCUUUGUAACAUGUUAGGGAAAUGUUAGUCCAUGUGUAUAGUUGGCUGGCCCAGUGAUGCUUUGGGGAAAUUAUUCUCUCUCUCUCUCUCUCUCUCUCUCUCUCUUUUUUUUUUUUUGAGGAAUGCUUGGUGUUAUCAAAAUAGAUUGCUGUGGUUCUACAAAUUUUUCAGCAUUACCCAGAAUUUAAUACUUACUUAUUUUUUCCUUUAAAAAACUUGAAACAUAUGGCAUUAGCUUUCUAGUAAUGUUUUUAGAUUACUAAUGCCAACUGGUGUUGCUGACAAGUGCAUCUAAUUAUGUUGAGAUAUCAUGUCAGUUUCUUAAGCAAAAAUAUUUUUUUCCUUUUACAGUAUGUUUAAAUUCUUCCUUAGUACAAAGUUUUACAUGUAAAUGUAAAGCUAGAUUUAACAAAACAAAACCUUUAGACUGUGUUAAUAUUUUAAAUACUUCAUAGCACCCUGGUGAAAAUCUUUUAUAGGUCAUCUUUUCAUUCACUGUGAUUUACUGUUCUUGCAUAUUGUCUCUGUGCGUAUUAGAGGUUUUGGUUUUUUUUUCAUCAGUAACUUUAAGAACAAAACUCUUUUGACACUGAU